CUGCUUCAGGGUGCGUGGUGAUAGGGUGCGCGACCAUGCGGAAAGUGGUUUUGAUCACCGGGGCGAGCAGUGGCGUUGGCCUAGCCCUCUGCAGGCGGUUGCUGGAGGAAGACCAUGAGCUUCACCUGUGCUUGGCGUGCAGGAACAUGAGCAAAGCGGAAGCCGUCCGCACUGCUCUGCUGGCCUCCCACCCCACUGCCGAGGUCUCCACCGUGCAGGUGGAUGUCAGCAGCCUGCCUUCAGUGUUCCAGGCCUCCAAGGAGCUCAAGCAAAGGUUUCAGAGAUUUGACUAUGUAUAUCUAAAUGCUGGGAUCAUGCCUAAUCCACAGCUAAAUAUCAAAGCACUUUUCUGUGGCCUCUUUUCAAGAAAAGCGAUUCAUAUAUUCUCCACAGCUGAAGGAGUGCUGACCCAGAGUGAAAAGAUUACUGCCGAUGGCCUCCAGGAGGUGUUUGAAACCAAUGUCUUUGGCCACUUUAUCCUGAUUCGGGAACUGGAAUCUCUCCUGUGUCAUAGUGACAGUCCAUCUCAGCUCAUCUGGACAUCAUCUCGUAAUGCAGUGAAAUCUAAUUUCAGCCUUGAGGACAUCCAGCACAGCAAAGGCCAGGAGCCCUACAGCUCUUCCAAAUAUGCUAUCGACCUUCUGAGUGUGGCUUUGAACAGGAACUUCAACCAGCGGGGUCUGUAUUCCAGUGUAGCGUGCCCAGGUACGGUGUUGACCAAUUUGACAUAUGGAAUUAUACCUCCCUUUGUGUGGACACUGAUCAUGCCAAUCAUAUGGCUGUUACGCUUUUUUGCAAAUGCUUUCACGUUGACACCAUACAAUGGAGCAGAAGCACUGGUCUGGCUUUUCCACCAAAAGCCCGAGUCUCUCAAUCCUCUGGUGAAAUAUCUGAGUGCCACCACUGGCUUUGGAAGCAAUUACGUAACGUCCGAAAAGAUAGACCUAGAUGAAGACACUGCUGAAAAAUUUUACCAAAACUUACUGGAAUUGGAGAAGGAUAUUAGGGUCACCAUGCAAAAAACCAAAAACCAGAGCUGAAAAUGGUGCUCUCUGAGCACCAUUUUCAUGCCUUCUGUGGAUUCUGGAGCACGUGGGUUUCUACUGAGUUGGAUGAUGUGCAUUUGUGGUAAACUGUGAGCUCUGAUUGUCUCUUUGUUUCAGAAUUACCUCUAUGACUGUGCAUGUGUUUGUGCACGUGAGAAAAAGAUUGUUAAAUAUCAUAUAUUCUUAAGAAUGGUGUUAUAUCAAAAUUGUGCUAGUCACAAUUUGUUUAUUCUGCGAACUGCAGCCCAAGCUACACUUCAUAGGAUGAGGUGUAGACUUGAAUAAUCAUGACACAGACACACACUGGUUCUCCUUUUCACCUGCCCCAGCAGGAGGAAAUACUGCCCAUUCUCUGAGUGACCAUCUUAGCCUUGUUCCUUUUGAGUAGUUUUCCUAGGUCUUGUACCUUAUUUCUUCUUCCACAUGCUGCUUUUACCAAUCCUAAUACAGAUUCCUGUGUAAUUAAUCACAGUAACAAAAGUAUAUGUAUUGGGGCCACUUGAAUUAUUUGUUUCUUAUUUUAAAAAUGUCUUUUAUUGAGAUUGAUUUAGUCCAUGUUAAUAGUGGGCCUGACCUUUAACACAAUUUGCAAAUUUGUUUAUUACUGACCCACUUGUUUUCAUGACAUUUUAGUGGAUGUAAUCUUGCAGCAAAAAUGAUUUAUUCAGAUUGUUUCAAUGAAAUUUUCCAAUUGAAUAAUUACUGGUGGAAUGUCUCCUGGUAUCAGUAGUAGUCGAAAGUGGUUAGGACUUAGUUUACAUGAUAUGAGACAAAAUGCUAAGAUGCCUAGAUGUUUCAACCAACACCUGUAAUAUAACAGUUACAGUUUGAAUGAGUUAAUGUGAAAAAUUAUAUGUAAAUAGAAUUUCUUUACAUUUUAAAGUAUGGAUUUUUGGUUAUACUUUAAGUUUGUUGCUAAAGAUAUUUUUAAUAACAAUAAACCUGAAAAUGAGGGCUGAACACUCCACUGUCUUCAAGAAAGAAGGGUAAAGUUAAGAAGGGUAAAGUUGGAGAGCUGAAAGCAGAGCUAGUUUUUGAUCUUCUGUUCACUCGCUGUUAAUUGGGAAGAAAGACUGUUAUGGAUCUCAAACUCUUCAUCUGUGAAGGAAUUAUCUUUCUACUUCCUCUGUUCAUGGGUAUGAAGUGAGAAUUAAAUGCAAUAAUAUAUGUGAAUGAAUAAAGAGCAUUUUUUGAGA